AUGUCUUCUAAUUAUAAUAAUUUCCACGAAGAAGUUUAUAAUCAACAAAAUGGUAAUACUUAUGAAAAUAUUUACGGUCAAGACCUUAAUCAACAAGACAAUAAUGCCUAUAACAAUUUCAAUAACCAAGAUUAUAAUCAACAGAACUACAAUAAUUAUGAUAACAAUGUAGCAUCAGAAGGACAUAUUUUCGAUGAUAAUAAUGGAUAUACUACGAAUAACAAUAUUAAUAAUAAUUAUGGAUCUGCUAGGCAAGCAACAAGUAGUUACGUUCCAGACACCAGUAUAUUUUAUGAGACUCCAGUACAACCUACCCAGCAACAGAUACAAAAUACUAAUAACAAAUAUUAUGACAAUAAUAUCAACGGUUCUCAAAAUCAAAGCGUUAUUUAUAGUAACAAUGUCAGACUGAAUAGCGAUAAUAAUGAUCACAACAAUGCUACUGAUGUUUAUGUUCAAGCUCCUGAGGCUUAUAAUACCAAUAAUGGUAUUGUUAAUAAAACAGGUCAACAGAAACAAAACGGCAAUGCCCCUCAAUUUGCAAACGUGGCCAAUAUUUAUUUUCAGACAAAAGUUAUUUCCUUUGCAGGAUUUGCGCAUAGAAUUCUUCUACAAAAUGAAAAUGGUCCCUGUGCUUUAAUUGCAUUAACCAAUAUAUUAUUGUUGUCACCGUCUCAUAGAAAAGUUGCGUUUACUUUACUUGACUAUGUUAACAAACACGAUAUUAUCUCUUUACAAGCUUUAGUGACUGUAUUAGCCAACAUUGCAGUCAAUGCUGCUCCCCAGAAUGACGAUAUUACAGAAUUAUUAAACCUUUUGCCGCAGUUACAUUCAGGAUUAAGUGUAGAUCCAUGUUUUAAUGGUUCUUUCGAAAAUAGUAAAGAAUUGGCUAUUUUUAGAUUAUUCAACAUUCCAAUUUUGCAUGGCUGGUGUGUGGAUUAUCAAAAGAAUCAACAACAAGCUUUUAGUGUGGGCAACUAUUCCUAUGAAAGAGCACAGAAGAUGUUAGUUGAGGCUUAUGAAGUAAGAAAUGGACAAAUUCAAGUGUCUGAUAAUAAUAAACAACAGAUCUUUCAAAUUGAAGCUGAUUUAAAAUCUUUUUUAGCAAGAAGUGCUACACAAUUGACAGAUUAUGGUAUAAAUCAUAUAAAAGAGGUUUUACUUGAAGGUUCAUUUGCCAUUUUUUUCAGAAAUGACCAUUUUUCUACUAUUCAUAAGCAUGAUGGUAUUCUAUAUACUUUGAUUACUGAUUUGGGUUACAAAGAUAAGACACAGGUUAUCUGGCAAUCUCUAACUAGCGUUAACGGGGGGGAAGAUGAAUUUUAUAACACCAAUUAUUUACCUGUUGUAGGCCCAGAUGCUGAGAAAUCAAACAAUUUUAACCAGCAAACCAUGAAUAAUAAUGAUGGUAUUUCUGGUUCAACUGAGCAACUGAUGACUGAUGAAGAACUAGCUAGAAUCUUACAAGAACAAGAGGAUGAGAGGUAUGCUCAGGCUGUUAAAAAUAGUUAUAGGAGUUCGGCAAAUAGUCGUGGAAGAGAUGACCAAAGACAGACGCAAAAUAACUUUCAGAAUGGGAUGAAGAAGGAUAAAAAUUCUGGUGAUGCUGAUGAUGCUAUAUAUGGUAUGCCUGUUGCAAAUAGUAAUAAUAAAAAACAAAAUAGCAGUACUAAAUUGAAGAAAAAGUUAAAAUUUUGGAAAAAGUAA